CGUAGGAUAACUUAAACCGUUAUUUUUUUUUUCUUUUUUCUUAGAACUCAAGGAGAACCUUUUUGGCUUGUUUCACCAGACUAUUCAUCUUCCCUCCCAUCUCAUUUCGCACCGGCACCACCACGACUCCCAAACCCUCGCACACAGCACCGCCGCUGCAACCGCCACACCUCCACCGCGCACUUCUGUAGAAGCUACGACUUCCGUGAAAUUGCAAUUUAGCAUAUCAGAAGGGUGUAUUCAGAGUUGUGGGAUCAUGGCGAGGUCAUUAUCUAGUAUGUUUUUGAGGAACAUGACUAAUUUUUCGGCUGCUCGUAUGAGCGCCCAAGUAUCUGGGUUGUCAUAUCAAAAUGCAAUGAAGUACUCAACUACUUCGCCCAAUGAUCCUGAUACACAUGAAGAUUUCAGGCCAACAAGUAAGGUUGAGAGUUCUCUUUCUGUCAAAGAUAUUGUUGAUCAGGAUGUGAAGGAGAAUCCAGUUAUGAUUUAUAUGAAGGGAAAUCCUGAAAUGCCUAGAUGCGGUUUCAGCUCUCUCGCAGUGAGGGUAUUGAAGGAGUAUCGUGUUCCUAUUGGUUCAAGAAAUAUCUUGGAAGACUUGGAGCUGAAGGAUGCUGUCAAAUCCUACAGCCACUGGCCUACUUUUCCACAGAUAUUUAUCAAGGGAGAAUUCAUUGGAGGAUCAGAUAUCAUUCUCAACAUGCACCAGACGGGUGAAUUGGAGCAAAAGCUGAAAGAAAUAGUUCCUACCGAGAAGAAAGCGGAAUGAUUGUGUUGCUGAAGAUUCAAGCUCAAUAAUGAAGAGAGAUUAUUUCUUUUUCUUUUUAGGUGACUUGAGAGUUGAGUAUGUGUAAUUUUUUCUUUUUGCACCAAAAGAUGAGUGGAUGUAUCACACUGUGUGACCUAGAUAGACAUAUUUUGCAAAUAGUAAUCAAUAAUUUUCCAUAAUAAUGGGAAGCAGGUGAAUUUUUGGUAUC